CUGCUAUGGCGAAAAGCACCCCACAACCUUCGGCACUCAUUUUUCUUCUGCGCUGGAUUAAGAAGCAAUCCAGAGAUGGACGUGAUGAGUCCGGAGAGGAAUCAGAGAGCUCUCGCUCGAUCGGCUCUUUUUAAAUCUUCAGAUCCGGCAAUUAAGGCCGAGAGAAUCUGGUUGCAAAAACACAGAUAUCACGCGGUGACCCAU